AGGAGGAGGAGAAGCUGUGAUCUUUUCCUGUUUAGAUGUUGCAGUGACCGAUCUGUCUUUCUCUCUUUCUCCACACUGAGUGUGCUCAUUGCAUUCUCUGUGCCUCUCUGUGGUACUCCAUCCCUCUGGACUGACUUUUCCUCCAUGCCUGUGCUGCAGCUCAGAUGGGAUCCAUAAGUGCUGUUGCUGUCUGGCACGUGAACACACGCGGCAGGUCUCUGUGGCUGGCCAUCCCAGGCACGGGAUGCUGAACUGCAGCCGUGAGGGCUUGUUUGAGCUGGGCAGGCAGCUCCAGCAGGAAGGGGACUCCCAAGCUGCUCUGCACUGCUUCCUGAGCUGCCUGCUGGGACUCACACAGGUGCAAAGCUUCCACUCGCUACCCAACUGCCUGCAUCAGAUUGCUGAACUCUACAUUGAUGAGAAGAACUAUGGGAAAGCUCUGCAGUUCAUCCAAGCGGAGAAGAUGUUCUAUGAAGUGGCAUUGAUUGAGCUCACCUCGCUGCAUAGGAGCACAGGGUGUCAAGAAGACAAAUCGCUGGGUACGUCAGAAUGUCUGUCUCAUGAGGAGUUAUCAGAACAGACUUCACAGGCCCAGGAUCUUGAGAGACUGGCUCAGCUCUGCAUCAUGAGCAAGAGUGCAAACCAGGGGGUGGGUGUGACAACCGCCAAAGGAAGGGACGGAAACAGGCGUGAGCUUAAGGGACCCCAUCUUGCUUUAGAGUACAGUGGCAAGGCCACUAAAAUCCACCAGCGGGCUUUUGGUAACAAUCACCCCAUCACAGCCAGGAGUCUGGAGCUGCUAGCCACUGUCUAUGCUGAGAUUGGCAAGACAGAAUAUACUGAUUCUUUGGGGGAGUGUGUGUCUACACUUUCGAAGAGGUUCUCUGCCACAGAGUCAUUUAGCGAUGCUCUAAGCGACAACUCUCACAGCCAUAGGGAUAAACACACUGAGCUAUGGCACAGAAAAGAGCCAUACAUACAUCAGGAAACUCUUAAAACUAACGUCAUAAGUAAAAAGCUGCCCACUUCUAUCCUGAAAAGGUCCAAUGUGAGCAGUGUGGAGUCAGACUCAUCACGUAGACGGAAAACUGAGAGGCGUGUUCGCUUCAGAGAGCCGGAGAUCACUGUUCAUGACAUUCCAUACUAUGACUGUUUAGGACUGUAUGACAAACCCCAGAGCCAUUUGCACCUGGCUUUGCUCAGCUGCCUGUUCCUGCUGCUGUCAGCACUGGGUCUAGCAUUGUAUUGCACAGACCGCAGGAGACCCCAGCGUGCCUGUGAGGAGUUGCAGACUGCACUGGCUGUCUACCUACUGCAAUUCAAACAGAUCAUCUGGGCCUGCUGGAUCUGGCUGACCAUGCAAUGACCAUAAAGGACCACAUGGCGCAGCAAAGUGUCUAAACACAGGCAAUGCAUUGGAAAUGUCACAUGUCAUCUUGUGGCAAAGAGAAAACAUGACAGGUCAGGGUGCUCUACAGUAUAAUGGACAGAAUAAGGGGUUUAUUUAUUUAUUUUUAUUUGUGCUUGAAACAGCUUUAUUUUCACUGUUUUAAUGAGACUGGUCACCAGUCAAUGUCUUUGAGGAUGUUCAACAUCCACCUCUUUUGUUUGUCUAGUUGAUCAAAGGCCAUGAGCUUUUUCACGCCAUUAAGUUGGUGUGUGUUUUUGCCCUAUAUGGUGGCAGAGUUAAUGCCACAUCCUCAUUAUAAGAAGCUGUAUAUAGUCCAAGCUCUUUGUCCUUGUAGCAGUUCUGGGGAAUUUGUGUUUUAAUAUUAUUAUUAUUGAUAGUCAGUUCUAAAAAUGCUUGUUGGUCCAAAGAAUACAAUCAACAAAAAAAAUAAACUUCUAUUAGCGAAUAUAACUCCUCUGAACUAUAAAAGACAUGCAGAGAACGCAAUGAAUUCCAUCUGUCAGAGUAAGAGCCCAACUGAUAUUUUCAUAGGUUAGAAUUAUCAGUCAAAAUAGGCAUGCAAGACAUGGGCUUUGAUAAUGAAAACUAAAUUAAUAAUUGUACUGUAGAAGACAUAUAUACAUGUAUUAUGCAUGUAACAGUGGUUACGUGCAUAAUUCCAUAUGUAUUUUUACAAAAAGCUAUGUUUAAAUGCAAAAACCAUUUGGACACAUGCAUACUGCAUGCACCGAAAGAAUGCUUCUGCAAGUGCAUGGCUGGAUCAGCUUCUGUAAGUGCUGCUCUUUGUGAUUCUUGCCGCAUAAGUGCAAUACAUAAUUUCCAAGAUGAAAUCUUUGCACAUGCUUUCGAAUGAAUGCUUGCCAAUAUUUAUCCUAGAACAAAGUAUGUUUCAUAUCCAAAAUGGAUUGCCUUCAGAGGCACUCACUGUGUUCUUUGCUGGAUUUGUGUAUACACAUUUUUUUAUUGUGUAUGUUCUUUUGUUUAAGAGAUAUGAAUAACUCCCCAAAAUGGGCUUUCUUGGGUCCUUUAAUGAUGCACUGAUGCAAGGUAUUAGAUUCAGGAACCUGGAAAUAGGUUUAUGCUCCAGUACAUCCAAGAAAUGCUUGAUUUUCACACCAGCUUAAUGGAUGGUUUUGGCACAACCCAUUUUAUUCCUUUAAAUAUCAGCAUUGUAUUGGACUUAAUAUCAAUCAGACUCUGUUUAAAUUGUAUUUUCUAUAUGGGAACCAGUGAUAAAUUAUUCAUUAUAAAUGAUGCUUUUUAUGUCAAAUAAUAUUUAAUUUAUUCUGUUAUUUUACUUUUAAAGUAUUUGCUCUACAUAAUGUGGUUGAAUGUAUGACAAUACUAUUUAUUUUACUAAUAAUCAGCUAAGUAAAAAUAUGAAUUUUAUGCAUUUAUCAAACAUGUAUAUAAAGAAUGACACUAAACAUUGUUGUGAAAAAAUAAAUACUGGCACAAUGUCUACACCUUUAGCAUUUAUCUAGAUUACGACUUCAAAUGAAGGGCAAAGCUGUUACGUUAAGCACAAAUGUUUUCAUCUUCUACAAAAGACUGUUUCAAGGAUAAGUUGGCCAUAUUUUGUGUCAUGCACUGCCACAUUUAACUGGCAAAUGUAAGAAUGCCAUUUUAAAUAGCUGAUUACUAUAUUAUUCUUGCAACAAUUGAGUUUAUUUUACAUGAACCUGUACCAGCAUCUUGGCAUAAGGCCAGUAAUGGUGCAUUUAUUUGUUAUAUAUAUAUAUAUAUAUAUAUAUAUAUAUAUAUAUAUAUAUAUAUAUAUAUAUAUAUUCUCCAAUGGCAUGCAUGUAAGUAGACAUUCUUGUUGAUGCCCCUCAAUUUAUUUUUUCCAAUGAUUUCCCUUAAUCACAAAACUUUCUGACAGACUCCCACUUCAGUUUCAGAACUGUUAACUUUAUAUUGUGUUAUUAUAUAGUUUAUUAGAGCGCUUGCUGGAACGUCAGCUCAAAUUUAACAUGUGGUCAUCCAAUGAAUUAUUUUUAUUUAUUUUUUUCAUUAUAUUGAUUGAAUCGUUUCAUUGUAUUCAUUUCAUUUUAUAUUGUUAAAUUCCCUUUAUAGGUGAUAAAGACAAGUGAUAUAGAGAAAUGAGAUUUUGUUGGCCGAUGCAACAGUGGUCUUGGAUUUUAUAAUGACACCUAUUGUGGUGGAUGUAGCAUCACACAAAAGCAAAGGUUUUCAGGAAGCAAUGCCAUUGUCGAAAUAGCCUCUUCAUACACUGAUGUUUCUAAAUAGCUGAUUUGUGCACACUUUGACUACAGUUUUGAGUCAGGGCAAAAGGUGCACAAACUUUAAUAAACCAACUGUGACCUGCAUCAAACCACUUUGAGCUACUUGAAUAUGAGAAUAUAUUGAGAAUAUAUAUAAAAAAAAAAAAAAAACUCACUGAAUAGAGACCAUUUUCACAAGGGUAACUGUAUGUUAUUUAUAUGUACAGUAUGACUGAUUAAUAUGCAACAUUUAUUUAAAAUCAAUCUUUUCUUCUGUAUAGCACACUUUAAUCCAUACUAUACCUCGACAAAAGGAAAAUCAACAAAAUAUUUUGUAUUACUGCAAUAUGUUGAAACUAUAAUGGCGCUCUGAUGGUUUCUUUUGGACUAGCCAAUCUUUAAAGCAAUAAAAUUGCCCCAAGUGGAGUACAU